ACAGCAACACCGGUGUCAUAAAUUUUUGCUUUGCGUAUACUUUCUAGCUCUUGGUCUCUUAAAAAUGAGGAAACACUGGCAAGUAAAUUAAAAUGAAAAUAAAGCUAUAAUUAAAUUUUAAACUUUAGAUUAUAAUUAAAGUAAAUCUGAAGUACUUUGAAAACCAUAAACACCAGAAAUUAUCGAAACUCAACUAAAAUAACGAAAUGAUUUGCCACCAAAGAAGGAAAGCAUUUUUUAUCAAAUCUGUAUUAUGCAUCGCAUUGGUGUGGUUAACUGUUAUGAUUCUAUUGCAUCUCUCCAGAUUCAUUUUUGGAAAUAGCAAGGAUGAGGUUCCAGUUGUCAGCUAUUUUGAUCCAUAUUCAAAUAUAAAAGACAUGUUCGGUGGCGAGAAGAAACCGGAAUUUGCACCACUUCAUAUCGAUGCUCCACAUUGGAAAGUUAUGGCCCAACAAAUGAUAAACUUACCUGGAUUCGGCUUAGCAGGGGAAUAUGGAAUACCAGUUGUUUUUGAAAAUCUUACUAGAGAGGAAGAAGCUACCAAAGCUGCUGGAUGGGAUUUACACGCUUUUAAUCAGUUUGCCAGUGAUAAAAUUUCCUUACAUCGCCAUUUACCGGAUGUGAGACCAGAAGGAUGCGCGAAUGAACUUUACAAUCGAAAUCUGCCUAGAACAAGUGUCAUCGUUUGCUUUCACAACGAAGCGUGGAGUGUUCUAAUGCGAACAGUGCACAGCAUUCUCGAUCGAACACCCUCUAAUCUUCUCGAAGAAAUUAUUCUCGUAGAUGACUUUUCUGAUUUACCUCAUUUGAAAAGAGAAUUAGAGGACGCUUUAUCGCCAUUGGUCAAAGUGAAGCUUAUAAGGGCGACCAAAAGAGAAGGCCUCAUACGAGCUCGGUUAAUGGGUGCAAAUAUUGCCAAAGGACCAGUGCUGACCUUUUUAGACUCACACUGCGAGUGCGCACAUGGAUGGUUAGAGCCCCUUCUUCAACGGAUUUAUGAUAGUCCCACUGCUGUCGUUGCUCCGGUAAUUGACAUUAUUGAUGAUAGUACUUUUCAAUAUAACUUUCGAGAAACAGAUGACUUCGGAGUUGGAGGAUUCAACUGGGAUUUACAAUUCGAUUGGCACGUUAUGCCUGACACAGAAGUUGCACGGAGAAAGCAUCCUUGGGAUCCAGUAAGGACUCCUACAGUUGCUGGAGGUCUUUUUUCCGUCAGUAAAGAAUAUUUCGACAGAAUAGGAAGAUAUGACGAUGGUUUUGAUAUAUGGGGUGGAGAAAACUUAGAGCUUUCUUUUAAAACAUGGAUGUGUGGUGGAACUUUAGAAAUCAUACCAUGUUCUCAUGUUGGGCAUGUUUUUCGAUCAAGAAGUCCGUACGUUUGGAAACCAGGGGAAAAUGUGUUUCGAACUAAUUGCAUUCGUCUAGCUGAAGUCUGGUUGGAUGACUACAAGCAGUUAUAUCAUAAAAGAAUAGGGGUAGAUGCGUACAGAGUUGUUCAACAGAAAAAGUACGGAGAUGUGUCAUCUAGAAUAGAAUUAAGGAAGAAACUUAAUUGCAAAUCGUUCGACUGGUAUUUAAAGAACAUUUAUCCCGAGCAAUAUAUUCCUGGUGAUCUUGUUGCUGAAGGUGAGAUAAGGAAUCUCGGAGCUGGUGCAGAUUCUUGCAUGGAUAGUCAAGCGAAAGGAGAGGAUUUAGGUAAACCAGUUGGUAUGUGGUCAUGUCAUCUUGAAGGAGGCAAUCAGUAUUUUAUGUAUACCCAAUUUGGAGAAAUAAGAAGAGACAUUGCGUGCAUAGAUUUUGCAGGGCAAGACCUCAUUAUGUAUCUAUGCCAUGGUGGCAUGGGGAACCAGAUGUGGAUCUAUGACCCGGAUACACAUUUCAUCAAGCAUGGUAUAAGUGGAAAAUGCAUGGAAAUGGCAGAGGACAAGAUGAGAAUAACGAUGGAAAUUUGUAAUGGAAACCCUCGACAAAUGUGGGGUAUGCAGAACUUUGAUGGCUCGAAGUUACUUGUAUGAAACGAAAGGCUUAGCCUUCUAAGUUAUUCUAUUCCUACUCGUGUGUCAGUUACCAUCAGAUAUUGUCAUAUGAAACUUAUUGAACAGCAUGUAUAUAACAUGUUGAAAUAUUUCCAAAUAAAAUGCUUUUUUCUAAAAAACGUA